AAAAUGAUCCAACACAAUUUCGUUCACUCUCUCCUGGAAAGCUUGUGAAAUUUUUGGUGGAGUCUGGCGAUCAUGUAAAAAGAGGUGAUAAAAUUCACAUGCCGUUUAUCGCAACAGAAGAUGGUAUUGUUCAAUUUAUAAAGACCCUAAUCAGUUCAGUUCAUUACGCAUUAUAUUUUAAGGUACAACUUUCUGUAAUGAAUCCGCCCGUUUUAGUUGGUGACAAAGCUCAUCAGAGAUAUUGUAAGGUCGAGCAUAUUUUUGAAUGUAUAUUGGAUGGUUAUGAUAAUCAAGCAAUAUUACACAAAAUCCCGGCCAAACUUGAAGCAGCUUUAUUGAGAAUUUCUAAUGAGACGCAUAGUCAAGGAUUAGAAUAUCCUGCAAAAUGA